CUUAUUCCAGGGUCAAUCUCGGAUUUUGUGGGUUUGUGAUGAUGCUUGUUUGUUAUUCUUAACCUAGAAAUCGUGGAUUUUCACAGCUGAAGUGAUUUGUUGGGGAUUAACGAGACCUUUUGGAAUCAGUGAUGAGCGAAAAUUUCUUGGGAUGAGGUAGAAAGCAUGGAAAUUGGUUAGAGCGCUGGUGACUGGUGGUUUUUGGGAUUUAGAGAGAGUUUGGAAAGAGAAAUAUGGAGUACACGAGCUGUAUCAGGAUACGGGGGGUGCCGAUACUCCCGCCCUUGAUGACCGAGGAGUUGCGCUCGGAGAUGUCGUACUACAAGCAACUAGCCCUCUCCGUCGAGGAGAAGCUCUCCCGUCAGCGUUUGACCCCCGAGGGUUCCCCCGACACAUUGAAAACCGUCUCGACCCCCCGAAUCUCGCGAAAGUCCUCUAAAGCCUGGUCGAAAACCGAGGAGACCCUCUCGGACGACGAGACGACCUUGACAAAGUCCACAGACUUGAAUAGGUACCUGGUGAACCCCUCUGACACCUCCGAGGGCUCCUCAGAGGCCUCGAAGCCCCGAAUCCCCACGUCCCUGGACAUAAUCCCGAUAAGUCUAGAGCCCCAGCCCCUGAAGAAGUCCAAAUCGUCAUCGAGUAUUCAGAAUCCCCAGGAGGAGCCCAGGAAGCUCGUGAGACAGGGCUCCUACACCCUGGACACACCCUCUCCGAUGCUUCUCGCUCAUAUCGAGGUUAAUAGACCUGAAUACGUCCCCUCAGGUCAACAGAAGCGGAGAGAUUUUAAGUUGAAUGACGCCAAAAGCACCUGGACGUGUCAGAAUGCCUUGAAAAAUGGGGUUGGAGGGGCGGGAAAGCACCCUCGGAGGGUCAACGGCUCUCUCGAGUCCAUUGACAUUCAAUCCUCCAGGGAGAGUCGGAAGAAAACGUUCAGAGGGCCUCUAGAACGCUCCAAGUCCAGUAAUGAAGUGAAGAAUCGAUAUCUCAAUGAGCAAAAUCGAAAUCUGGGAGAGAGGAGUCGAUAUCUGGAGAGGAGUCAGGGAUUGUACGAGGUGAAUGGGAAUUUAGAGGGACAAAAUCGAAAUUUAAGGAGGAGGGAUUCAUAUUCUGAGAAGAUUCAAGAGGUUAAAGUCAGUGAGAAGAAUUUCGAUAACCAAAAUCGAAAUUUCACCGGCCAGAAUCGAAAUAUCGCUGACGAAAAUCUAAAUUCACCAAAAAAUCGAUCAUCAAAUAGAGAUAUCGUGAUGCCGAUUCGAGAUUCCAAGUCAAAAAAUCAAAAUGUAGACAUUGAUUUGCAAAAAGAAUCGACCCCGAAAAAUUUCGAAACGAUCAAUCGCAAUUUUUCGCAGAAUCGAAACUUCGAUCUAGAGAAUCGAAGGGUCGGGUCGAAAGAAUUCUACUUCGAGGAGAAGAAGUUGGGGGGAUCCCUGGGGGAUCUUUUGAACUCAUCGAACGAUAUAUCGACUGCUGAACCUGACGAGAGGAUGACGAAGAGUCUCGAUAUUAAUGACUUCGAGGCGGGCACGUCUGAGCGACUUUUGGGGGUCUUCCGGGAGAUUCAGAGGACUCACGACAGGCAGAUGGCGGAUUUGAUUGAGCGUCAGCAGAGGGAGCAGGCGUUCAUGCAAGAGGCGUUUGAGAAGCAGCAGCUGAUGCUCUUGGAGCAGAUUGACAAGACAUUUCCGGGAAUAUCUAUUAUGGAAUUGGUUAAGAGGGUGGGAGAGGGGGAGAGGAAGAAGGAUUGGAAGAACGAGGAAUUCUCGAGUUCGUUUGACUCAGACGGAAGCAUGAGCAUUAAUUUGGGGGAAAGCGGGCUGGAGGGUAGUCCUGAGGGGAAGAUGAGGGGUGUCAGCAGACAGCUGUUCCCGUUGGAGGUGCAGACGAGGAGGAUACCCGUGGUCAAUGGGGGUCUUCAUGAUCCGAGACAUAUACAAGCAGCGACAGUGAUAAAUGCGUAUGCUCGUGGCUUUCUGGUUCGUAGAAUGAUGAAAACAGAGCAAAUAAUAUCACUGAAAAACACUUACCGAGAGGCACUCCACUGUAUGUUGAAAUUGACAGUAGAUGCACCACUAGAACUCGCAGAGUUGAAUUUUCACAAGCGUUUGCAGCUGCAGUGUGACGCUGCAUCGAUGAAUAUCGUUGAAUUAUUUUCACAGAGUCCAUCCAAGAGAAUGGAAAUUAUAGCUCACGACAGACAGAUUAAGAAGGCAAGGACGGAGCGUCCCUCCUCCGCCAGGUCGUCAAUGUCAUUCGCCACACAGCGGACACUAGCCAGGAAGAAAUUAAAAGAAUUGGGAAUUUUUCAACUGCCAGAGGCUCAGAGCACCUCCAGAACUAGAUGUCAGACGUGGACAUCGAAUAAUCGAGAUAAAAAAUCACCAGGAAUUGUCUAUAGAGGUAUAAAAAGAAGUACAAGUGCUGGUGCUGUCCGAAAGCCCUGGAGAUGAGCCCCUCCAAGUGCCUUAAACUCAAAAUAAAAAAGAAAAUUAAUAAAAAAAAGGAGAGUUUAAUAUCAAAUUUACGUUGAUUAAAUAACAAAAAUUUUUUAUAUCAUUGAGAUGACCAUCCAGUGCCUAAGACGAAGCCCAAAGGAAUGUAUUUCCUUGAAAAGGAAUUGAGAGGACGAAUCUCUGUUUUCGUGGCCAAGUGCCUCUUUAAUAACUUUCUUUUAUUGAAUAUUAAUAAGUUGUUUCUUUUAUUGGAUACUUAUUAUCCUGUCCUGUGAUAAAGGAUGCCACUAGGCAAUUUAUAGACUCAUCGCCACAUCCAAUGUGAAUUCCUCUUCAUUUAAUUUAAGUUCUUUUGUAUUCGAUGGAAAUUGUUUCCAUUUUUUUCAAUUUCUUAUGUUAAUUCAGGUGAAUAAAUGGGAAAAUUAAUAGAGA